AUGGUAAGAUUAAGAGAAAUUCAGCAGCCCAAUAAGCAACCAAUAAUUAACCAAGAACAGCCUGCCAAAAUUAUUAGUUGCGAAAUAAGAAAGGGAAAAUUAAUAACUCAAUUAGACGACGGAAGAGAAGUCAUUAUUGCGGUUAAUUUGCUAACUAAAUACGGAAUAUUAGAGGAGGAUACUAAACCUGAGCAAUUAAAAAAAUAUGAACUGCAAAAUGAAGGAAG